CGUAAACCGGUACGUACGUGUACGUCCUGUAUCUGACUUGUACAAAGCACUCCAGAAUUCGCUGUUGGUCUGGAAGAGGCUGUCAUUGUCAUUUUUAUCUAGGGAUAAAGUUGAUGAUGUCUGGCUACGGGCGCCUGACGCAAGGAUCGCAAACAGCAGCCUACACCAUCGAAACAUCUCAGUCUACGGUCCAGAAUGUCGAGAGGGCACCAGAUGACUAUAUUUGCCUUUCACUGUUCAUGAUGUUUUUUUGCUGUCCGAUUGGUGUGGCUGCAUUGUGCAAGUCUUUCUCUGUUGAGCAACAGUAUGGUGCUGGUGAUGUGGGUGGUGCUCAGCGUGCAUCACGAUGUGCUCUCAUUCUUAACAUCAUUGGGAUUGCACUCGGCUCUCUUGCCAUUAUAACUGCAGUCAUUAUUGUUGCAAUCGUGUACUCUUAAAAUGUUAACAAUGCCAGGAAUAGUUAAGUUAGAGCGUUUCUUGCCAGCAGCAACAUAUGCUAUUUACCUCUCUGCUAGUUAAUUAAUCUUUUAGUUGCAAGUGUAAAAUUGAAACUCCAUAAUAUCAUUGUGUGUUCGUGUACAUGAACCUCAUCAUGGUGAUGUCACCAAACCUUUACUUUACACAUAACAUUAUAGAUGCAUGUUCAAUGUAUCAGCCAAUCUAAGAUGCAUGUUGUCAUUCUCAUAGUUCUACCUCUACU